UCGGCAGCGGCUGCAGCGAGAGAGUUUGGCGCGAUGUCUCACACCAUUUUGCUGGUACAGCCUACCAAGAGGCCAGAAGGCAGAACUUAUGCUGACUAUGAAUCUGUGAAUGAAUGCAUGGAAGGUGUUUGUAAAAUGUAUGAAGAACAUCUGAAGAGAAUGAAUCCCAACAGCCCCUCUAUCACAUAUGAUAUCAGUCAGUUGUUUGAUUUUAUUGACGAUCUGGCAGACCUCAGCUGCCUUGUUUACCGAGCUGAUAUCCAGACAUACCAGCCCUAUAACAAAGACUGGAUUAAAGAGAAGAUCUACUUUGUAGAUAUUCUGCUCCUUUGUCGGCAGGCCCAACAGGCCGGGAAAUAG